AUGGAGCCGUACGCGGCGGCGAAGGGCGGCGGGGCCGAAGCCGGCACCGGCCUGGAAGAAUCGAUGCGGAGGCUGGGGCUCGGCGAGGACGGGGAAGCGGGGGAGGAGAAGCUUCCCGAGCGGCCGGGCGAGGCGGACUGCGCCUACUACCUCCGAACAGGCGCCUGCGGCUACGGGGAGCGCUGCCGCUACAACCACCCUCGCGAUCGGCCGGCCCCGGUUAAUGGAGUUGGAAAGACCGCAGGUAUGGUGGAGUACCCAGAGCGUCCUGGACAGCCACUCUGUGAGUACUAUGCAAAGAAUGGCACCUGUAAAUUUGGUUCAAAUUGCAAGUUUGAUCAUCCCAGGGAAGGUGGUUUUGUACCUGUCACAUUAAACAGCAGUGGAUUCCCUCUACGUCUGGGUGAAAAGGAAUGUUCCUAUUACAUGAAAACUGGACAUUGCAAGUUUGGACCUACAUGUAAAUUCCAUCACCCAGAACUUGGUUUUCUUACGGAGACGCCUGGCAUGUACCCACUAGUUCAGCCAUCACCUAUUUCCUCCUCACAUCCAUUUCCACAUCUUGCCAAUUGGCAAAUGGGGAGGCCUCCUGUUGUGCCAGGGUCAUUUUUACCAGGCUCGUAUCCACCAAUGAUGCUUCCACCUACAGUUAUGCCAAUGCAGGGAUGGAACCCUUAUGUUACACCUAUGAACCAAGUUACACCAGCUGGGGGACAGCAAGCUGUUCCAGCAGGGGCAUCUUAUGGCUUGUCGCACCAGGGGCCUACCUCUGCCGUGACUUAUGGCAGUCACUAUGCGCAAUUGUAUUCUUCAUCUGGGACAUCAAGCAGCAACAUACAAGAAUAUGCCUUUCCAGAGCGGCCUGGGCAGCCUGAAUGCGAACAUUACAUGAAGACCGGAACCUGUAAAUAUGGAGCAACCUGCAAAUAUCAUCAUCCUCAAUACUUCAGUGCACCAAAGUCUAACUGCAUACUGAGCCCUCUGGGUCUUCCCCUGCGUCCUGGUUCGCAGCCAUGUGCCUACUAUGCACACCAUGGGUUUUGCAAGUUUGGGCCGACAUGCAAGUUUGAUCACCCGAUGGGUACUCCAAACUAUAGCAUUUCAGCGUCAUCACUUACUGAUGUGCCAGUCGCUCCAUAUCCUCACAGUUUCCCUGUUACUCCUAUGCCUCCAUAUCUGCCAUCCUCUGAUCUGCGUCCACAAUACACUCUAGUCAAGGAUUCCUCUGCUAAUCCACCACCAGCGCCUGGAACUACAUAUGGACCUGUCGGGUCUAUAUCAAAGGUUUAUGCUCCCCACACGCUUAUCCGAUCCCCGGCUUCUGCAGCUGCUGGCAUGCAAGCAUCGUAA